CACAGCAGCUGGAUGCAGCCGUAGCAUCCUCCUUCCUCCGUGUGACGUCAGGGCGCGCAGCAUCAGCUGGGAGUCCGCUGUUGGCGAGCCUUUUCCAGGCUGCGAGCGGUCGGUCGGUGGAAUAGUAAUAAUACGCUUCAUCAUUUUCUAAGUUAGCCUCACACUCGCUCAGCUAAGAUGGCUGCCCAGGAACUGCAGCCCAACGAGACGCUGACGACACUCAAGACCGAGUCGGAUAACCUGAAGACGAAGCUGGAGGAGGAACGAGCUAAGCUGCACGAUGUCGAACUGCACCAGGUGGCUGAGAAGGUGGAGGGCUUGGGCCAGUUCGUCAUGAAGACCCGUAGGACUCUGAAGGGCCACGGGAAUAAGGUCCUAUGUAUGGACUGGUGCAAGGACAAGAGGAGGAUCGUCAGUUCGUCUCAGGAUGGAAAAGUGAUUGUGUGGGAUGCCUUCACCACCAAUAAGGAACAUGCCGUGACAAUGCCCUGUACCUGGGUGAUGGCCUGUGCCUACGCUCCAUCGGGCUGUGCAGUGGCAUGCGGGGGUCUGGAUAAUAAGUGCUCGGUGUAUCCACUCUCAUUGGACAAGAAUGAGAACCUGGCAGCUAAGAAGAAGUCUGUGGCCAUGCACACUAACUACCUGUCCGCCUGCAGCUUCACCAACUCGGACAUGCAGAUCUUGACGUCCAGUGGCGAUGGUACGUGUGCUCUGUGGGACGUGGAGAGUGGGCAGCUGCUGCAGAGUUUCCAUGGACACGCUGCCGAUGUGCUGUGCCUGGACCUGGCCCCCUCCGAGACCGGAAACACCUUCGUCUCAGGGGGCUGUGAUAAGAAAGCCAUCGUGUGGGACAUGAGGUCGGGCCAGUGUAUCCAGUCCUUCGAGACUCACGAGUCUGACAUCAACAGCGUCAGGUACUACCCCAGUGGAGAUGCAUUCGCCUCCGGCUCGGAUGACGCGACCUGCCGCCUGUAUGACCUGCGUGCUGACCGAGAGGUGGCCAUCUACUCCAAAGACAGCAUCAUCUUCGGAGCGUCCAGUGUUGACUUCUCACUCAGCGGCCGGCUGCUGUUUGGUGGCUACAAUGACUACACCAUUAACGUGUGGGACGUGCUGAAAGGCACGCGCGUCUCCAUUCUGUUCGGCCACGAGAACCGCGUCAGUACCCUCAGGGUCUCCCCAGAUGGCACAGCCUUCUGCACGGGCUCCUGGGACCACACUCUACGGAUCUGGGCUUGAGUGCCGUGUGUGGAAACUGUACAGUCACCUUGUAUGUCUGUCUGUGUGUGUCAAGGAGACGAAUCGACUAUCACCACCAACAUUGUCAGGUCUCUGUUCGUUUGUAAGUCAUGGAGGAAUAAUAAUAGGCUACAUGUACGUAGUCGGUCAAUCAGUACAACUGAAGAACUAGUAGCUCUAUAUCCUCCUAUCCUCCUGGCUGAGUGACAUCCCAGCUGUAAUCCGAUGUAGUUCUAUUGAGAGAGACGUUUCGUUAGGAAGAUCAUUUUAAAGUUACAGAACCUGUUUCUCUGAUAUCGACCACCAUGGCACCUAUUAGUGCUAUCUGCACAGGGCCAAGAGAUCUGUGGAAAUGGACUUCACUGCCACUAUAGACUCUCAUCAUGGAAAAUGCAGUAUACGGUAUAUACCAAAUGUGUAGUGGUAGAGUAAUAUGGAAGUCUUCUCUGGUAAUUCAGCACAAUCACUCUAGCUGCUGUAACUUACGAGUUACUAGUUUUGCGGCAGAUGAGCGUAGCACAGAGAUAUUGCAUGAAGAGGUCGCGUCAGGGUGAAAGACUAGUCGUCACAUAUAGCGAUACUCUUUAGAUGUGUCCCUGUGCUCCAGGACAGUUCUACCCAAUAGACUCUGCUCACAUGGACCUUAUGUUGUGUGUGUGUGUGCGUGUGUAUGUGUUUACCAUUCUGUGAGACUGUAGAAAAAAAUUAAAUCUUUAAUUCAUAUAGCCGAUAUACACAGUUUUGUAUCACUGAACAUUAUAAACGCUACACAAAGUAAGUAUGGAUUCAGUUGUGUUAUUAACACCCCCUACUCUAAUUUCUGUAAUAACUGUCAUGUAUUGUAGUUGAAUGUAUAUAUCGAAUCUGUUACUGUAGCCUACAGAAUUCUUGGGUUGCUGCUGACGUCAUAGUGCUGCCCCCUGGUGGUGAUCUACCGCUGCUGGUGGACAACCUGGGCUUGGAGCCAUUGAAACCCAUUCAAAACUUCAUUUUUUCGAUCUGACACAGAAUAUUUUUAAUUAUACCCAAAGACACACCA